UUCUAUCUUAGGCCUGUAUCUGUCUGUCUAUAACGUUUGUUAGAUCAGGUGUUGUUAUUUAGUGUUGUUACUUAGUAAUUGAAUAUGCUGGUUAUUUUCAGUUUUGAUAAAGAUGAUUCAACAGUAUGAUCAUUGUUACUUCAUAUGACUUGUGUGUUGCUGUGAACAGAAUAUGAAGAGGAUGGUUGACUUCUUCCCUGGAAGAGUCAGAGUGUCCUUCAGGAAGGGUCCGUCAGGUCAUCUCCGUCAGGACCCCUCUGAUGAGGCCAUGAAAAUAAAAAAACAUCCUGCCCUUCAGGACAAGUCCCCCCCUCAGAAGCACGACCUAGUGAGGACGAAUGCCCUUACUGUGGUUUUUCAGAGGGGAGGGGAUGUGUCCGACAAACUGGAGGUGAUGGGGGAGUACGUUCUCCAGUUUGGAAAAUACAAGGGGAAAUCCUACAGGUGGCUCCUUGAAAAUGAUGUAGGCUACACCGUCUACCUCUUUAACAAGGUAGAAGAGGAGGAGCAGGCAGGGACCUUCUGCGCUCAGGGCCACAGCAAGGACAGCCUGUUGUCGUUCCUCGAAUAUGCCAGGAGCUUCCGGGAAGUUGAGGAUCUCAGGGAGUACCUACUUUCCAGGAAGCCCGUACCACCAGCGGCGUCAGAGGAUGACAACACUGUUGGCUUUGGAACCAGGGCCAGGGAUACCUGGAGGCAGAUCUGGGAGAGCAGAGCAGAUGGUUACGCUGCCUUUAUUUUAGGUCGUAGCUGUGUAAACAACAGCAAAAUGCACCAUCUGCAGACCUAUCUCCAGAAGCAGAAGAAAGCCGAGUCCUGCCGAACACCUCCAGCAGUCUCUGCUGCCUCCACACCACCAUGCAGCAGUCUGGUGAUGGAGCAGGAUGAGGACCUGGAGAGGGAAAUGCUCACUCUGUCCCCAUCUAAGGAUUUCACUGAGCCACGGCCACUAGCAGAAGUCCCAAGGGCCACAGCUGUGCCUCCAGCAACAGCACACAGGACUCAGCCAGAGGCCACAGUCUCCAGAGCUGCUCAGGCCAGUUACUCCCCUAAAGAUGUCACCCCGGUAAAAGCCAAGGUCCCAUUACCAGUGCCGCCCCAGCUGCUUGCCAUUGCUCCACAGCUCGGGAUUAAAGAGUCUCUUCCUGGAGAGUCAUCUUUACAGAACGUGGCUCCUGUUGGAGCACCGGGAGACAUCGUCCAUGACCCAGCUCUGUCCUGUCCAGAACCUCCAGUCCAGCAGCCUGAAGCGCCCGUCCCCUCCUAUGAUCAGGAUGUUGCUAGGUGGAACUGCUCCCAACAGCAGAAAAUAUGGAUGAAGGCUGAGAUGGAAUUACUUGGGCUCUGGCCAGGUUCACGUCCAGUGCGGCACGCCAUGAACAUGCUGUCUCUGUGGCGUCAUCCACCUCAGCCUGAGCUCAUAGAUUCAGUCUAUGAGCUGCCGUCGCCCAAGUACUUUCAGCUGCAUCCAUUUUUCAUCUGGAAGCCGGAGCACCAGAUCAUGGAGAGGCUGAGGAACAACUAUCAGCUGCCUUGUCUCCAUGGUUGUUCCACUCCGCAGGUAGCUUCCUCUGGCGUUGGGCGGCCAAGAGUGAUCAUCGGCGUCAGCGGCCAGUACUACAUCCUAGCUUCGCGGCUCACCUGCAAAGCUUGCAAAAAGUACUGGUACGCUGACAAGCCCCAAUGGCUGGAGAAGCUACCGAAGCGCAUCAGCAACAUCGUGCCAGCUCUCCUCACCUUCAAAAAGGCCAUCUGCAAGUCUGUGAUGGACGAGAUGAGGCGCAGCGGCAGAUCACCAGAGGACAUGGCGAAGCAGCUGACGGAGGCGCUCCACCUGAAGUUUGAGAGAGCUCACCUGGCCUACCUGCACAGCGUCCAGAACAUCAGGGACGCUGAAGCAGGAGUCUACGGUCAGAAGACCAUCUCUGGGCUCCUCAGACAGGCGGACACUCCCGCUCCAUUCGGUGGGUACUCCGACAUCGACGGCUGGAACGGAGUGUCCCUCUCAUCUCACUACCUGGUGGACUGCCUGGUCAGUGAGUAUGAGCGGCAGGAGGAGCUCCUCACUCUGCUGCUUCAGGGGACCUUUGGACAGGCGCUCAGGGCGGAUCACACCCGCAAGGUGGCUAGGAAGGUCGCCCUCUCCACCGGCACAAUGUCUUCCUACGCCAUCAUGAAUGAGAACUGGAUGAUCCUGAGCUGGGUGAUGCUGCAGUCAGAGUGCGACCAGUCACUUCACCCGAUGUAUGAGGGUCUGGCUCGUCGCUACGCUGCAGCUGGAGUGGACAAGGCCCAGUACCAGUGGGUGGACAGGGACUGCUGUGCAGCCUUUAAGGUCCUGGAUCCUGGGGCUCGGGAGCACCUCUCGUGGGACAGCUGGAGGACAACAGAGGCUACAGUGGCAGAGGCAACCUCAGGAAACCUGGCUAAUGUCUGUGCUGCGAGGAGCAAGUUUAACACUGGCAUUACUGUCAAGUUAGACUUGUUUCACUGCAUGCGGCGUUUUACCAGGGAGUGUGUCUCUGAGCACCAUCCUCUGUACAGCUCCUUUUGCCAGUUCCUCUCUGCAGCUUUCAUCGUUGUGGACCAGGAGGAUCUUCAACGGCUGAAGGAGGCGUACACGUUCUGCAGAAUCUCUCCUGCUAACCCCACCAAGCAGCACAUCAGAGAGCACUGCAGGACGAAGGUGCCACAGCCCCGAGAGCUGCUGCAGAGGGUUGAAGACGUCCUUCAACACUUCUUCCUGGCAAAGGAUCCCAACGAUGUGCUCCUCUUUAAAGCCUCCAUGCUGAAAGUGUGGAGGAUUCAGCAGAUCCACAUCCUCAGAGGCUGCCUGAGUGAUCCAGAGGCUGGGGAGGGAAUCCUUUACAGGUAUGGUGGCACUCUGCAGCUCAACUACACCAAGGGCGAGGGAGCUGCUGUACCUGUUUGGAUCCCCGUAAGAGGCACGUCUCAGCAGGAGGGGUUCCACUUUCACCAGGCACAGUGGGUGACAGGCAACCGGGUGUCCAGUGAGCUGUUUCAGGCCCAAGCCAUGACGGGAGUGGCGCGCUGGAACUUCCAGAGGCUGGUGGACCUGAAACUACCCGGUGUGGAGCUCCCUGCUGUGUUCGACCCUCUGUUACUUGCCCAGCUGAACACAGCAUCUUUGCAGGUGACAGGGAGGGCAAAAUACCCAGUCCUCCAUGUGACCUCCAGGGACACAGGGGAGAGGUUUGGGCUGCGCUAUGUGGAGCCAGGCUGCCGUCCUGUUGUUCUGAGCUUUGACAAGGAGCCUCAGAACAUUUUAGCUCCGGUAGCCGUGGAGCCGCAGCAGCAGCAGCAGCAGCAGCAGCAGCAGCAGCAGCAGCAGCAGCAGCAGCAGCAGCAGCAGCAGCAGCAGAGUCCUUCCCAGGAUGAAGUGCAUCCCUCCUCUGCUGCUGAAGCCUCCACAGAGUCUCAGGAAACCAGUAGCACCGUGCAGGAGGAUCCAGUGGGAGCUGUGCCGGUCCUGUCAUCUCAGCUGAGCUCUGGCGCAGUGUCCCACACCCUGCCUUCACCCUCGUCUGCCUCAGUCAAAGCAGAAACACUGGCUUUGAUGGACACAGGCUUGCCGUUGCUACCCGUUUCCUCCUCUCCUCGGGCCACCCGCACUGGUCCCAUCAAGACAGGUGGUCUGGUUCAGGUCCUGGACCACAGCCGGUGGACAGGGCCCAUGAGAGCGGCCAUCGAUGAGCUCCUGAUAAAGCACCACGGGGAAAAAGGCCUGUUGAAGCAGGUGGAUGCAGACUAUGCUGCCAUGGUGCAUAGGGCAUGCACUGACCCCAACAGCCUUCUGCAUCCUACCACCUGCCAGCAUAUCUCGAGAUAUGUAAAGCAUCUGGCCAAACUAAAAAACACCAGCUCCUCUCUCAACACCAGCCCAGAGAAAGUCCUGGAGACUCAGAGGCUGUGGCAGAGUUUGACCUCUGGCAGCCAAACAGUCAGUGUUCCUGUCACAAUCCUUCCUCCAGCUACUCUCAAUCCUCCACCUGUGACUUCCCCCCAGGAGGAGUCAAUGAGCCGGGCUGCAGUGGAGAAGAUAGUGACAGAGAUUCUGGACAAGCAGCAGCAGCAUCAACAACAACAACAACAACAACAACAACAACAACAACAACAACAACAACAACAACAGCAGAAGAAGAAGUUGACCAGGAACUGUUUGGCAUGUGGUCAGCCAAAGUCCAGAUAUCUUGGCGAUGGCUCUUCAGUCCACUUCUUCUAUCAAGGCAGCAAUGUGAAAUAUUUCUAUUGCUCCACAAAGGUCUAUAUGACCUACAGGGAUCAGGGCCUAAACAAUCCCAGAAUGCCUUUUGAGGACUUUGCUGCCUCUCCAUUUUUUCAGCGGGAGUUGGAGGCUGCCAAACAGAGGGGGGCAGAAUGGAAGAAGGUGGCAGAGGAGAGGGCAAAGAGGAAGGCUGCAGUGCAGCUGCCAGUGGGUCGCCUGUGCAGGGCCUGUCACCAGCCAUUAAAGCAGGGUCCAGACAGCCCUCAUGUACAUACAUACUUCCCGGGGGUGCCAGGGAAGUACAUCUACUGCCCCUCCAAAGUUUUCUCCUUGUACAAGGCACAGGGUAUGGUCAAGGAGAUGAACUGGACAGAGUUUCAGCAGUCUGGCUUUUUUGACGCUGAAAAGAACAGAUGGCUCACAGAAAAGCCAAAGUGACUGCCUGAGCCCUAUUGUUGUAAAUAUGUAAAUAUAUAAAUAUGUAAAUAUGUAAAUAUAUAAAUAUGUAAAUACAGAAAAAUAUGUUUAGACAUUCAUUCUGUUUAUAUACUUUGUAUUUAUCUUAAUGUUAUAUUUCACCUGUUUGGGGUUUUAUGAGUGAUUUUGUGUGUUUAAUAAUUCAGAGCUCUGCUGUUCUUUAUUGAUCUUUAUUGUUAUUUUUGUUUAUCUAUAUAGUUGUUGUUGUUAUAGGAUACAAUGUGUGCAUUGAGCUGUGUGAGUUAAACAGAGGCUACAAUAAUUCAAUAGAAGUUUUCUUUCAGUUCAUCAGUGUAGUCUCUAGUUGUCUUGCAUGCUGAGGGGCCUUUAAAUGUUCAGGGUAGUAAUGAUGCAAAACCAAAUUGACCCUUUUUUUCCAAAUCGAAAUGACAGCUGGCCAUCUUGUGUUGUAGUCAGCCGAUGUAAAGGUCUUCAGAGUUGGUAGUGUGGUCCACGACUCACUGAGCACAAUCACCAUCCGAGUCCUUUCCAAGCUCCGUUUCCACACCGUCACCAUGGCAUGUAAAGACAAGAUCAGCAGAGAGAUACAAUGUAUAUCUUUGCCCACAGUGGGUUACCAAAAUCAACACAGCAUGAAAGUUCCUCACAGCGGCUGUGAAGCACUUGUUUAUAUUUAUAAUACAUUGAAAAUGUGUUGUAUUGGUCAGACUUGUCUUUAUUGUGCUAAAAUAAAACUUCUUGAAGGUG